AUGGCUGGGUGUCUGGUACAUCUCUUUUGCAUGCUGCUGUUGCUGCUGCUCAGCCUAGGGCUGGGCCUUCACCUAGCUGCAGCUGUCAUAGAGGACAGUGACCAGCCUCUGAAUGAGUUUUGGUUCAGUGACUCACAGGACAAAGUGGAGACCACUGAAAAGCAAGAGGACACCCGAACCACAGAAACCUUGAUGCUUAGCAACAAAGAAGUGGCACAACCUGGCUGGCCAGAAGAGGCCAUCCUCAGUGAAGAUGAGGUUGGAGGAAACAGUAUACUGAGGGCAGAGGCUCUCUAUCCAAGCAACAAAGACCAUCUUGGGCUUGAUUUAAACCACCAGGAAUGCAAUGCCAUGAUGAUACACAAGAUAAAGGGGGACAAACACCAUUGCAUAGACCAGUACACUUUCAUUCAUGAAGAACCAAGCACAGCCAAAGCUGUCUGUAACAGUCCUGUGGUUGCCUGUGAUCUCAAGGGGGCCACAUGUCACAAAAGCCCCUAUCCUUUUGAUCUAACACUUUGCAAGUUGUCUAAACCAGGCCAGGUCACUCCUAAAUGUAAUUACCUAACUUACAUUAUGAAAAAGGUCAUCAUUAUAACCUGUCAUCACAUGGAGAUCCAGUUAACAUCUGUAUCAUGA